AUGCCCCGAGUUAAUACCUAUGAUGGUAUUGGGGAUCCAACGCACCAUAUGGAAAGUCUUCAUGCGCAUUUCACCCUUCAUGGUACCCCAGAUGAGAUUUCAUGUAGGGCUUUCCCCUUAACUUUGGCUGGAGUAGCUAAGGAUUGGUUUGGUAGGCUCCUCGCCAAUUCAAUAGAUGAUUUCAAGACUCUUGGACGCCUCUUCUUAAGUCAGUUCUUGGCUACCCGAAAGAGGAAGAAAAAUCUGACUUAUUUGCUAUCCCUUGUUCAAGGGAAAGAGGAGUCACUAAAGGAAUUCAUGCUUAGAUUCAACCAGGAGAAGCUGAUUAUUGAAAAUCCGAGUGAGCAAACAGUACUUGAUGCUUUGAUGCACAUGGUAAGGGCAGAAAGGCCACUGAUGGCUGAGUUGUCGAAAAGUUCUAAGUUAGUGACUCUCAGUCAAUUUAUGAAAAAGGCUGACGAGUACAUUAAUCAGGAAGAAACUGUCAAAGCUCUCAUGAAGUCUCAAAGGGAAGAAAUUGAAGCCAAGAGUAGUAUUGUGAAGGCAGCACCGGCUAGUGUUGGAAAGAAGAAAGAGAAGAAUGUGAAGAAAUCAGGGAAAAUGGUCCAAUCGUACCCAAGGAUGGACCCUCGGAAGUUGCAGAGCCCGAAGUUCACUCCACUAAAUACUAGCAUGACUGAGGUAUUCAUGGAGAUAAGGAGGGAUCCUGCCUUCAAAUGGCCAAGCAAGUUGAAAGGGGACCCUAAGAGACGUGAUCCUCAAAAAUACUACGAGUAUUAUCGUGACCAUGGUCAUUUAACCGAGGAAUGCAUAACCUUGAGAUAG